AUGAAUUCUACCGAUUUAAUGAUUUUGGCCGUAAUUCUUCUGGCUGUUCUUAUCUACGUCAAAUUAGAUACAUUAAAGGAAUUGUUUAGCUCCAAUGAUAGUGACAUAUCUGUCGCAAAUGGUGGGUCAAAUGAUAUUGUACAACUAAUGCGCGAUAACGACAAAAACUAUUUGGUUCUGUUCGCAUCCCAGACUGGUACUGCAGAAGAUUAUGCUAAAAGAUUCGCUAAAGAAUUAAAAUCAAAAUUCAAUUUAAAUGUUUUGUGUAAAGAUGUAGAAAACACUGAUUUGGAAAAUCUACAUGAACUGCCUUCCGAUAUCGUCGUCUCAUUCUUCGUCUCUACCUAUGGUGAAGGUGAUUUCCCAGAUGGUGCUGUCAUGUUCGAACAAUACUUGAAUAGUGCCCAAUUGCCUGAUUUAAAAUUUACCGUCUUUGGUCUUGGUAACAACACUUAUGAAUUCUUUAAUAUGGCUGCAAAGAAAACUUUGAAAAUGUUGUUGGCUGCUGGCGCCACUUUAAUUGGGGAACUAGGUGAAGGUGAUGACGGUAAGGGUACCACUGAGGAAGAUUAUUUGUCUUGGAAGGAAGCUAUCUUCGACUCCUUACAUGAACACAUUAACUUAUCAGAGACUAACAAUGGUUUCAAAUCCUCUUUCAAUUUCACUUAUUUGGAUUCCAUUGAUGAUAACGCUUACCUAGGGGAAUUAACUGAAGAUUACUUACCUCAUCAUGAAGUGAAAAAUGUGGCUAAUAUUAAACAUCCAUUGAUCACUAAAAUCACUGCAUCCAAGGAACUAUUCAAAUCCGUUGGUAGAAACUGUAUUCACACUGAAUUCGAUAUCUCUGGUUCUAGUAUCAAAUACGAAACCGGUGAUCAUGUAGCCGUUUGGCCAUUUAAUGCCAACGAAAAAGUGGAACAGUUCAUGUCCACUUUUGGUUUAGAUCCAAAGAAAAUCUUCAAUAUGACUCCAUCAGAUUCAACUAUGAAAGCUCCAUUCCCAUGUCCAACUACCAUCGAAACUGCUGUUAGAUAUUAUUUGGAAAUCACAGGUCCUGUUUCUAGAGAAACUCUUUCUGUACUAUCCGAAUUCGCCCCAAAUAAUAUUAAACAAUACGUUAUCAACUUAUCCAAGGAUAAAGAAGGGUUUGCAAAGGAAAUCACCGCUAAGAAAUUCAACCUAGCUGAUGCGUUACUAUUUCUAUCUCAAGGUGAACCAUGGUCCCAAGUCCCUUGGGAAUGUCUAGUUGAAACCCUUCCAAUUAUUACCCCACGUUAUUACUCCAUCUCCUCUUCGUCUAAUGCUGAUCCAACAAAGAUUCACGUUACCUCAAUCGUGGAAAACUCUCCAAAUGAUUUGACUGGGUCACCAACUUUAGGUGUCACCACUAAUUUAUUAAGAAACGUUUCCUUACACAUGAAUUCCCCAGAAUCUACCAAAAUCCUGCCUGUUCAAUAUGAUAUUAUGGGUCCACGUAACUUAUAUGGUGGAAAUAGUUUACCAAUCCAUGUUCGUCACUCUGCUUUCAAAUUACCUACAGACAUCUCGGUUCCUGUAAUCUUAAUUGGUCCAGGUACAGGUGUUGCUCCAUUCCGUGGUUUCGUAAGAGAUAGAGUUCACUCAGUUACUUCUGGUGAAAAUGCCAAUAUGGGUAAGAUAAUGUUGUUCUAUGGUUGUAGAGAUGAAAAUGAUUACUUGUAUGAAGAAGAAUGGCCUCAAUACUCCACUCAAUUAGAUGGUAAAUUCGAAAUGAUUGUUGCUUUCUCUCGUAUCUCUGAUAAAAAAUGCUAUGUUCAACAUAAAUUGAAAGAACGUCAAAAUGAUGUCUUAGCUCUUUUAAACCAAGGUGCAAAUGUUUAUGUUUGUGGUGAUGCCGCAAGAAUGGCUAAGGAUGUUCAACAUGCCAUCUGUGAAAUGAUCGCUCAAGAUAAAGGUGUUUCAAUUGAAGAUGCUUCUGAAAUAGUCAAGGCUAUGAAGGUUAAUGGUAAAUAUCAAGAAGACGUCUGGUGA